AUGCUAUCGCCGUGGGGUUUUAACAGCGAUAUGCUGAUUGUCAAAAUUUGCAAUGCGGCCGAUAUCAUCGAACUAUUAGCGUAUUUGGAAGAUAAAUCUACCCACUGGAUAGUUUACCUAAAGAAGGCCAUACUUUACAUAUGGCACAUCAGUCUACUACAGUUUGGCUUCAUUGCGACGUCUGCAGAUGUGUUCAGCUCGUCGUCCAUCCGCGAACCUCCACAGAGGCCUACCCGAAUACAAAGUAAUCAACACAACGAUCUCCCGCAGCCCGGGAUUUCUGACACAAACGAAGAAGGAACCAACAAAAAACGACCCAAAAAGAAAAAGACAAAAAACAAGCAGAGGCACAAAUCAAAUUCUCUGCCGGAAGCGGAUGCUGAGGCAGGUGCAGAAACUGUCCAGGCAGAAGCAUCCGUCCAGGGAGAAGCAUCCAUCCAGGAAGAAGCAUCCGCCCAGGCAGAAGCAUCCGUCCAGGGAGAAUCAUCCGCCCAGGCAGAAUCAUCCGUCCAGGCCAGGCGUGAUUGCGGUUGUCAUUUCUAUGUUUUAAAGGGUGUGCUAGGGGAAAUUCUGGUGUCUAUCAUGGUACAAGAUGUGCCGUUUCUGAUCCUGCGGUUCACAAUGUACUUUAAAUUUAAUAUGCACAGUCUGCAAGCCGUUUGUUUCACCAUCAAAAACAUUAUGUUCCUUGUGGUGCAUGUCGUUCAAGCCGCGACUCUGCUGCGCAGAAUGUGCUGCAAUAAGCAGUGA